AUGGAUCGCGGGAACAAAUGUCCACUAUGUCGAACUGUCAUUUUUAUGACUCCAAGAACAUGCGCUGUCAGUGUGACGCUGAAUAACAUCAUACAGAAAAACUUUCCAGAGGAGUAUGCUGAAAGGAAAUCUGAGCAAGACACUCUGGUCCACUUGGGCAAUGAAAGUAUGCCUCUUUUUGUCAUGGAUGUGAUCAUACCCAGUCAGAAGUUGUCUCUUCACAUAUUUGAACCACGAUAUCGACUAAUGGUGAGAAGAAUUAUGGAGGGAAAUCACCGGAUGGGAAUGGUAGCUCUUGAUUCUGCGACAGGUUCUCCAGUGGAUGUUGCUUGCGAAGUUGAAAUCACAGAGUGUGAUCCACUCCCGGAUGGACGAUUUGUCCUGGAGCUGGAAAGCCAUAGAAGGUGCCGCAUUGUAAAAGCUUGGGAUCAAGAUGGGUAUCGUGUUGCAGAGGUUGAAUGGGUGACAGAUAUACCACCACAAAGCGACCAAGAGAAAACAGAUCUGCAGGAACUGACGAGCAGUGCAGCAACAUUUGCUCGUUCAUGGCUAGACAGAGCAAAGGAAGCAGCUAGACAAGGAGACAGAAGAAGACUUGAAAUACUUCUAAAUGUUGAAUCUAUGAUACCUACACCUCAAGAUCCCGAACGCUUCAGUUUUUGGCUUGCUACAUUGACAGAUAGGAGACCUUCAGAAAGAUUGGAACUACUUCGGCUUCAAGAUACUGGAGAGAGAAUAAGGCGUGGGUUGAUAUAUCUUCGAUCAGUGGAACGAGGAUGCAGAAUGCAAUGA